CUGACAUGUCGCACAGAGCAAGCUGUCGCACAAAAUGAUCAAUCAAGAGUCUGGAUCGGCUCUGGACGCCACGAUGGAGGACUCAUUGGUGAUCAGGCUGCGCUUCGAAGAGCUGCUGUUCUAUGUCGCCUGUGCGUGUAACUGCUGGUGUUUGUGCCUGUGUGCCUGCGUUUGUCUGGAAGGCAGGCGGCACGGGAGAGGACGAGGCGGCAGCGGCGGCGGGAUGCGUCUGGGCACCAGCUGGAGGUGGCAGCUCUCGCGAGCCAUGCGACUGGCCCUGCGCUGGUGUCAGCUGUGCCGCCCUAGGAGACGGAAGGGUAGCGGGGACGGCAGGGGGAGAGUGUCGCGGCUGUGGAGCUACAGCAAGUUGCUGCUCAAGUCACUGUACUACAACAGCCUAAGCGACUCUGACACCGUGCUGGACUGUAUGUUCGAACCCAUCUACUGGAUUGUGGACAAUAUGACGCGCUGGUUUGGGGUGGUGUUUGUCUGCCUGGUCAUCGUCCUGAUAACCUCCAUCGUGGUCAUCAUCUACAUAUUUGUGAUACCUGAAAUCAUCAGGACCUACCCUGUGUUCUGGGUUGUCUGGCAUCUGGGCUGUGGGCACUGGCUUCUUCUACUCAUUGCCUUCCAUUACUACAAGGCCACCACGACCUCCCCAGGACACCCACCCAAGGACAGAUUUCAUAUUCCAUCUGUAUCCAUGUGUAAGAAAUGUGUUACUCCUAAACCACCCAGAACACACCACUGUAGCAUCUGCAACGUGUGUGUUUUAAAGAUGGAUCAUCACUGUCCCUGGUUGAACAAUUGUGUGGGCAACUUCAACCAUCGCCACUUCUUCUGCUUCUGCCUCUACACGACCCUGGGCUGCAUCUACUGCAGCAUCAGCAGCAGGGACAUGUUUCUGGAGGCCUACAGCGCUAUAGAGAGCUACUAUCAGACUCCUCCACCAGAAUUCACCUUUAGAGAGACCACUGCUCACAAGUGUAUCGUCUUUGUCUGGGUGCUGACCAGCUCGGUGGCGGUGGCUCUUGGAGGACUCACCAUGUGGCACGCCAUGCUGAUCAGCAGAGGAGAGACCAGCGUGGAGCGCCACAUAAACCGGAAAGAGACCAAGAGAUUAAAGGAGAUUGGCAAGAUAUUCAGAAAUCCAUAUCAUCACGGUAAAAUGAACAACUGGAAGAUACUGUUUGGUGUGGAGAAAAAGAGUCACUGGCUUACACGGGUUCUCCUACCGUCCAGUCAUCUUCCUGCCAGUGACGGCAUCACAUGGGAUUGCAGCUUCACCAGGAAAGACCCAAUGGCCAUCUGACCACCGUCAGCCUCCUGUUACACAACGGGCAGCGUGACCGGCAUCGCGCCACGAUCACAUACGGACAGGAGGAGAAGCUCCCACUUCAACUGAUGAGACCAUUAGUGACCACAAGGCUUUUUUUUUUUUUUUUUUUUUUUAGAAGAAAUGUGCUGCAGGCCAGCUGUUUCUAAGCCUCAACCUGUUUGACUUGUCUGCCACCAUUUUGAAAGGAAGUGCAUUUUUAUUGAAAUUUGUGGAACGGGGAAGAUGCUUUUUCAGAUAUGUAUAAAUCAUGUGACUUCAUAACUGACAGUUUUUCCUCAGGUGAUAAAACACCUUUAACAAUUUACAAACGGCCUGGUCUGAACUAAUGUUCUGCCAAAGAGUCACCAAUUAGGAAUUUGAUCAGUUGCUCGUUUUAUGUAAAGAAGCACAUUUUAUCAUGUUUGGUGUUUUUGUCCUGCAUAUUAAAUAUUGCUGUGCCUCAUUUGUUUUUCCAACCUUUCUAACGAGGCACUUUGAACAAAUGAUAAACUGUGAACUGUUUCUGAUUUAUCAUGUGAAUAUGUUUACAUCUUUAUUAAUGGAUGAUGAAAUGGAUCUUUAGUUGCCAUGGGGAUGAUAUACAGCUGUGAUAUCAGUUAUAACAUUGGAGCUGUGCUCUAAAUGUUUGUUUUUUUAAUAAAGAAAUAUCUUGCUUUUAA